GCUGGGGGCCGCCUGGGCUCGUGCUGGAGUUGGUGGGCCAGGCCGCGGGCGGCGCGAUGGGAGACGAGAUGGAUGCCGUGAUCCCCGAGCGGGAGAUGAAGGAUUUCCAAUUCCGAGCGCUGAAGAAGGUGAGAGUGUUCGACUCGCCGGAGGAGCUGCCCAAGGAGCGCUCCCACCUGCUCGCUGUGUCCAACAAGUACGGGCUGCUCUUUGCCGGGGGCGCCACUGGCCUGCAGGUGUUCCCUACCAAACACCUGCUCAUUCAGAACAAGCCAGGAGAUGAUCCCAAUAAAGUAGUUGAUAAGGUGCAGAGCCUGCCGGUCCCCAUGAAGUUCCCAGUGCAUCACUUGGCGCUGAGCUGUGAUGACCUCACCCUCUCCGUGUGUAUGAUGUCCAGCGAGCAUGGUUCCAUCAUUGCUUUCUUUGAUGUUCGCACGUUCUCAAACGAGGCAAAGCAGCAGAAGCGCCCGUUCACCUACCACAAGCUCCAGAAAGACGCAGGCGGGAUGGUGAUGGAUAUGAAGUGGAACCCCACGGUGCCCUCCAUGGUGGCCGUCUGUCUGGCCGAUGGCAGCAUCGCUGUCCUCCAAGUCACAGAGGCUGUCAAAGUGUGUGCGGCGCUUCCUCCCACGGCCGGUGUAACGUCUGUGUGCUGGAGCCCCAAAGGAAAACAGCUGGCAGUGGGCAAACAGAACGGAACUGUGGUGCAGUACCUCCCUACUUUGCAGGAAAAAAAAGUCAUUCCAUGUCCUCCGUUUUAUGAGGCAGAUCAUCCUGUCCGAGUUCUGGAUGUGCUGUGGAUCGGCACCUACGUCUUCACCAUCGUGUACGCUGCUGCCGACGGCACCUUGGAAACCUCUCCAGAUGUGGUCGUAGCGCUGCUGCCGAAAAAAGAAGACAAGCACCCCGAGGUGUUUGUGAACUUCAUGGAGCCCUGCUACGGCAGCUGCACGGAGAGGCAGCAUCGUUACUUCCUCAGCUACGUGGAGGAGUGGGACUUGGUGUUGGCAGCAUCUGCAGCCUCAACGGAAGUUAGCAUCCUUGCUCGACAGAGUGAUCAGGUUAACUGGGAAUUGUGGGUGCUGGAGGACUCCAGUCGAGCUGAACUGCCCGUAACAGACAAGAGUGAUGACUCUCUGCCCGUGGGGGUCGCCGUAGACUAUACCAACCAAGUGGAAAUUACCAUCAAUGAUGAGAAGACUCUUCCUCCUGCCCCCGUUCUCCUGUUGCUGUCGACAGAUGGUGUGCUCUGUCCGUUUUACAUGAUCAAUCAAAAUCCUGGGGUCAAGUCCCUCCUCAAGGUGCCAGAGAGGCUGCCGUUGGAAGGAGAGCGGCAGCCCAAGUCAUCAGGAAGCACUCCUACUACUCCCACCUCCUCCCAAACCCCACCAAAAGUUGAAACCUCAGCACUGGCAUCCCCUGCUUCUGCUCCGGCUGCGGCACCUGCUGCUCCCACCGCCACCUUCCAUGUGCCUCCUGCUGGGGGAGCCCCUGCUGUGUUCUCCUUCGGCUCUGCCUCCUUAAAAUUAUCCGCCCCCGGGGCCGGGGAGGCUCCUGACAAUCCCACCCUGGGUUCGGGCGUUCCUGCCUUCUCUUUCGCCCCUCCCAAAGCCUCGCUUGCACCCACCCCUGCAGCAUCACCCAUGGCUGCACCUGCUGUUUCAUUUUCCUUUGGAUCCUCGGGUUUUAAGCCUACCCUGGAGAGUACACCUAUGCCGAGUGUGUCUGCUCCAAAUGCAGGAAUCAAGUCCUUCCCGGCCUCCAUGUCGGGGGCCAAGGCCAACCUUAGUGAAAAAUUUACUGCCAUGGCUGCCUCGGCCCCUGCGAGUAGCUCCCUGAGCUCCCCCUCCGUGCUGCCGUUCUCAUCCGCCUCGAAGCCAGCAGCUUCGGGGCCUCUUGGCCCCCUGGCACCUCUCUCAGCAUCCACGGCUGGCCUGUCCUUGAAGCCUUCCAGUUCUGGCUCCCCCUCAGGGCGGUCCACUCAGGGAAGUCCCACUCCGGCGCCCACCCUGGUACAGAAGACACCCAGGAUAACCCCUCCUGUGGCCAAGUCGGGCCCCACCCAGGUGAAGCCGCUUCAGCCUCCUCCUGCAGAAAAGCAGGGUCAUUCCUGGAAAGACUCAGAUCCUGUGACGGCUGGGAUCGGAGAGGAGAUCUCACAUUUUCAGAAGGAGCUAGAAGAAUUGAAAGCCCGAACUUCCACGUGCUGUUUCCAGGUGGGCACGGCGGAGGAGCUGAAGAUGCUGAGAACGGAAUCGGAUGACUUGCACACCUUUCUCCUGGAGAUUAAGGAGACCACAGAGUCUCUUCAUGGAGACAUAAGCACCCUGAAAACAACUCUCCUUGAGGGUUUUGCCGGUGUUGAAGAAGCCAGAGGACAAAAUGAAAGGAACCAUGAUUCUGGCUAUCGCCAUCUGCUCCAUAAAAGACCCCUGGAUCCCAAGAGUGAAGCCCAGCUCCAGGAAAUCCGGCGCCUUCAUCAGUACGUGAGAUUUGCUGUGCAAGAUGUGAACGAUGUGCUUGACCUCGAGUGGGAUCGGCACUUGGAACAAAAGAAGAAACAGAAGCGCCUGCUUGUGCCCGAGCGAGAGACACUGUUCAACACGCUGGCCAACAACCGCGAGAUCAUCAACCAGCAGAGGAAGAGGCUGAAUCAGCUGGUGGACAGUCUGCAGCAUCUCCGUCUUUACAACCAGACGUCCCAGUGGAGCCUGCCCUGCGUGGCCGCUUCCCCGGACAGCCCUCAGAGUUUUGACAGUGACUUGGAGAGUCUGCGCAAUGCUUUGCUGAAGACAGCCAUAGAAUCCCGCACCAAACCCUUGCCCAGGGUGCCAGCUAAACUGUCUCCUGUGAAACUGGCACAACUAAGAAACUUCUUAUCCAAGAGGAAGACCCCACCUGUUAGAUCUACUGCUCCAGCCAACCUGUCUCGUUCAGCUUUCCUAUCUCAAAGAUACUAUGAAGACUUGGAUGAAGCUAGCUCGACUUCAUCUGUCUCGCAGUCUCUGGAGAGUGAAGAUGCCCGGGCCCCUUGUAAAGAAGAGGAGGCAGUGGUCCAGGCCCCGCGGCAUGCCCCCGUGGUCCGCACUGCCUCUGUCCAGCCCAGUCUCUUGCCCCAGGCCAUACCUUUUGGUAAACCUCCUCCUAGCCCCAGUGCUUCACCUGGCGUAUUAUCCCCUGCACUGUUGACAUCUGCUGGCAAAAUAGUUCCUCAAGGGGCUGACAGCACACUGCUUGCCACAAAAACCGUGAAACAUGGCGCCCCGAGUCCUUCGCACCCGGUCUCGGCAUCGCAGGCGGCAGCUGCUGCAGCCAUGAGACGACAGAUGGCCAGUCAGAUGCCAGCUGUUAGUACUUUGACUGAAUCAACCUUAAAGAACGUCCCCCAGGUGGUGAAUGUGCAGGAGUUGAAGAGCAACCCUCCAGCCUCCUCCCCAGCCGUCGGCUCCUCGGUGCCGCACUCUGCCGGCAGAGCACCUCACCCCGGCUUAACCCCAGUGGCUGCCAACCAGGCCAAGCAGGGGUCUCUGAUCAGUUCCCUCAAGCCACCUGGGCCCACACCAGCGGGGUCCAGUCAGGUGUCAUCUGGGGGUAAAGCUGCAGGGCCGGGGACAGCCAAGACAGAAACCGCUGUGACUUCCAGCCCGUCUGCUGGUGGACAGUUCAGCAAGUCUUUCUCGUUUGCUCCAGCAGGGACUGGCUUUAAUUUUGGGAUAAUUACACCAGCACCGUCGUCUAGCUUCACCGCUGCACAAGGAGCAACACCUGCCACCAAAGAGACAGGCCAGCCGGACACAUUUUCUUUUAGCGGCGGAGGCAAACCUUUUUAUGAAGCCAUUCCUGAAAAUUCUUCCUCAGCAUCCAGCACCCCUGGGGCUGCCAGUUCCUCUGCGGGGGAGUCUGCUCCUGCUGGGAACAGCAGGCCUGGAGCAGCUUCUGGAACUGUUCUUCCUGCCACCUCCAGCAAGCUGGAAACCGCUCCGGCCAAGCUGGGAGAGCUUCUGUGUCCGAGGCCUUCGGCUGGGGAGACUCUGGGGAGCUUCUCCGGGCUGCGGGUGGGCCCGGCAGACGACGCAGCAGAACCAGCCAGUAAGGCUUCCAGCGUGCCCUCGGGCUUCACUCUGAGUGGCCCUGCAGCCCCCGGGAAGCACGUGGGACCCCCGGUGAGCGCCCCUGCGACUGCUCCCACGGCAGCACUGCCGCCAGCUGCGAGCGCAGGCUCUGGCAGUUCCUCGGGUGCUGUGCCCGGCAGCCUCUCCCUGCCCAGCCCAGGAACCUCAGGGGCCAUCGGUUUCGGUGGGAUUUCUUUCGGUAGUAGCAAAGCCAGCUUUUCCUUUGGAAGCUCACAGACUAGUAGUACAGUGCCCCUGUCUGCCCCCGCGUCCACCACAACCACCUCAUCCCUCCCAGCGGCAUUCCCGACACUGUCGUUUGGGAGUCUCCUGAGUUCAGCUGGCUCCUCCCUGCCCGCAUCUUCCAGCAGAGGUGCGGAGGAGGCCCCGACGGCUGUGGCUCCACCGGAGAGGACAAGCUGUAAUGAGGGCUCAGCAUCCACAGCCCUGCCUCCAGGGCAGCAGCCGUCAGCCCAUCUUCCGCAGGCUCCUCAGCCGACGCCGGACUCUGGGAACAAAGAACCUGCUCUUGUCCAACCGGCAGUCAGCAGCCCCAGCUCCAGUGCCAGCCACAUGGCCCCUGCUGCAGAGGCUGCUGCAGCAACCACUGCGGUCCCUGAAGUCAAGACAGAGGUGGCACCCCCCACUUUUUCCUUCUCGGUCCCUGAGCAGACUGCCACCGCAGUCAGCGCGAUCCCAGGUACCCCCACCUCCUCCAGCACUGUCCCCAGCAGUGCUCCAGGCCCAGCUACAGAGACAGCUGUGUUUGCGACAGUCACUUCUGGCCCUUCAGUCUUUACUCAGCCACCUGCUGCCAGUUCUAGUUCAGCGUUCAGCCAGCUCGCCAGCAGCACAGCCACUACGCCCUCGGCAGCACCCGUGUUUGGACAGGUGGCGGCCAGCACGGCCCCGGGCCUGUUUGGGCAGCAGACAAGCAGUGUGACCAGCACGGCGACCACUACGCCCCAGGCCAGCAGCUCGGCCUUUGGCAGCCCAGCGUUCGGCGCCUCGGCCCCAGCGGUCUUUGGACAGUCAACAUUUGGACAGGCCCCAGCCUUCGGCCAGGCCACGAGCAGCCCCACCAGCAGCUUCUCCUUCAGUCAGCCUGGCUUUAGCUCUGUACCCGCCUUUGGCCAGGCCACAUCCUCGGCCCCCACCCCCACCAGUGCCAGUGUCUUCGGCGCCUCCUCCAAUACCAGUAGCUCCAGUUCCUUUUCGUUUGGACAGUCUUCUGCCAACGCAGGCCGUGGGCUGUUUGGACAGAGCCCCACUCCCGCUUUUGGACAAAGUCCUGGCUUUGGGCAGGCUGGCUCUGUGUUCGGUAGCACCUCGGCCGCAAGCACCGCAGCCACACCCUCGGGGUUUAGCUUCUGUCAAGCUUCAGGUUUUGGGACUAGCAGUACUGGUUCUGUGUUUGGUCAGGCACCCAGUACUGGUGGAACAGUGUUUGGCCAGCAGUCCUCGUCUUCCAGCGGCAGCCUGUUUGGCUCUGGAAGUGCUACUAGAGGGGGCGGUUUCUUCAGUGGCCUUGGAGGCAAACCCAGCCAGGACGCAGCCAACAAAAACCCAUUCAGCUCUACCAGCGGGGGCUUCGGAUCUACAGCCACCCCAAAUACCUCGAACCUGUUUGGCAACAGUGGGGCCAAAGCGUUUGGAGGCUUCGCGAGCUCGUCGUUUGGUGAGCAUAAGCCGGCUGGCACCUUCAGCUCGGGCGGAGGCAGCGUGGCAUCCCAAGGCUUCGGGUUUUCUACUCCGAACAAAACAGGUGGCUUCGGUGCUGCUCCAGUGUUUGGCAGCCCUCCUACUUUUGGGGGAUCCCCUGGGUUUGGAGGGGUGCCAGCAUUCGGUUCAGCCCCAGCCUUUACAAGCCCUCUGGGCUCGACGGGAGGCAAAGUGUUCGGAGAGGGCACUGCGGCCGCCAGCGCAGGAGGAUUCGGGUUUGGGAGCAGCAGCAACACGGCCUCCUUCGGGACGCUGGCGAGUCAGAACGCUCCCACCUUCGGGUCACUGUCGCAGCAGACCCCUGGCUUUGGGACCCAGAGUGGCGGCUUCUCCGGCUUCGGCUCCGGCUCAGGAGGAUUCAGCUUUGGCUCAUCCAGCUCGUCCGUCCAGGGCUUUGGUGGCUGGAGGAGCUAGGAGAUCGUGUCCUUCCGGUUCCUGUGAGCAGCUGCGGAGCAGGCUGAUGGUCCCCUGUGGCACGGACGCCCGAGAGCUGCAGAGCCAGGACCGCAGAUGCCUCGUGGCUCUGUUUUUUAUAUUUUCUGUUGAGCUGCCCCUGCAAUUAAAGUCACUGUGUUUCCAAA